GUCGCUGAACAGCGGGACCCGACCCUAAAGACACGGCGCAGAAACCCCGGAACGCCGCACGCGCGGCGGACGACGACGACGUUGAAGGCGAAAUGAACAAAACCCUAAACCCCCCUUCCUACCCAAUCUAUCUUCCCCCGCCCCGCCUCUCCCUUUCUUCUUUACCAAGCCCCCCACACCCAAACCCCUCCUCCCCUGCUCUGCCUGCCCCAUGUCCCCGCGCCUCUGACCAACCAGGCUGCCGGAACCCUACCCGGUGCCCCGUGAUGCCCCCGCGGCCGUCGCUCCACUCUCUGCUCCUCAUGGCCGCCUCCGCCGCCGCGGCCAGCGGGGACUCGGGCCCGCUCCUCGCUGCGCGCCGCCGUCUAGCUGCGACGGCCGCCGCAGGGGGGCACCGCAUCCGGCUGCUCCACUCCUUCUCGCCGGGACGCGUCCCCAGGCGGCCUGAGGUGGUCUGCUGCGUGCGCAGCGCCCCCGACUCGCGGCGGUCGGCCCCCGCCCCCCCGUGCUCCAGGAACGUUCUUUCGGCAAAAAACUACUCAACUGCUUCUGAGGAGAGGCUUGGGAAGAUCAUUCAGAAGUUGAAAAACGAAGGUAUUAAUCCCAAGCAGUGGAGACUUGGAAAUUUUCAGCGCAUGUUGUGUCCACAGUGCAAUGGUGGAUCUAGUGAGGAAUUGAGUCUCAGUGUCUACAUCCGAAAGGAUGGCAUAAAUGCAACAUGGAACUGUUUUAGGUCUAAGUGUGGCUGGAGAGGUUUUGUCCAGGCUGAUGGAGUUACCAACAUAUCCCAAGGAAAGAGUGGCAUAGAAAGUGAAACUGACCAAGAGGUUGAAGCUAAGAAGGCAGCAAAUAAGGUUUAUAGAAAAAUCAGUGACGAGGACCUCAAUCUUGAGCCACUCUGUGAUGAGCUUGUAGAGUACUUUGCUACGAGAAUGAUUUCGGCGGAAACACUUCGGAGGAAUAAAGUCAUGCAACGUAACUGGAAUAAUAAGAUAUCCAUUGCUUUUACCUAUAGACGUGAUGGAGCUCUUGUUGGCUGCAAAUACAGGGCAGUCGAUAAGACAUUUUCACAGGAGGCAAACACGGAGAAAAUUUUUUAUGGUCUGGACGAUAUAAAGCGUGCACAUGAUGUUAUCAUUGUGGAGGGUGAAAUUGAUAAGCUGUCCAUGGAUGAAGCUGGUUAUCGUAAUUGUGUCAGUGUGCCAGAUGGUGCACCACCCAAAGUGUCCAGUAAGAUUCCAGACCAAGAACAGGAUAAGAAGUAUAGCUAUCUUUGGAACUGCAAAGACUAUCUUGACUCGGCAUCUAGGAUAAUAUUAGCAACCGAUAAUGAUCGUCCAGGUCAGGCUCUGGCUGAGGAACUUGCUCGUCGGCUUGGUAAAGAAAGAUGUUGGAGAGUCAAUUGGCCGAAGAAGAAUGAUACAGAUACUUGCAAAGAUGCAAAUGAGGUUCUAAUGUUUUUAGGUCCACAAGCAUUGAGAAAGGUUAUAGAAGAUGCAGAACUGUAUCCUAUAAGAGGCCUUUUUUCAUUCGAACAGUUCUUCCCAGAGAUUGACAAUUACUUUCUUGGAAUACAUGGUGAUGAGCUUGGUAUUCAUACUGGAUGGAAAUCUAUGGAUGAUCUUUACAAGGUUGUUCCUGGUGAAUUGACUGUUGUUACUGGAGUACCAAAUUCUGGUAAAAGCGAGUGGAUAGAUGCUUUAUUGUGCAAUAUAAACAAACAAUCUGGGUGGAAAUUUGUUCUGUGCUCAAUGGAAAACAAGGUAAAGGAGCAUGCUAGGAAACUCUUAGAGAAGCACAUUCAGAAGCCAUUCUUUAAUGCUAGGUAUGGUGGGUCUGCACAGCGGAUGACUCCUGAUGAAUUUGAAGCAGGAAAACAAUGGUUAAAUAAAACUUUCCAUCUUAUCCGGUGUGAAGAUGAUAGCCUUCCAUCUAUUAAUUGGGUUCUUGACCUUGCGAAAGCUGCAGUUCUAAGACAUGGAGUGCGUGGUCUGGUGAUAGAUCCUUAUAAUGAACUUGACCAUCAGCGCCCCUCAAACCAGACGGAAACAGAAUAUGUCAGCCAGAUUCUGACCAAGAUUAAGCGCUUUGCUCAGCACCAUUCAUGUCAUGUAUGGUUUGUUGCACAUCCUAGACAGCUUCAAAACUGGAAUGGAGGCCCACCAAAUAUAUACGACAUAAGUGGAAGCGCACAUUUUAUAAACAAAUGUGAUAAUGGAAUUGUCAUCCACAGAAACAGGGACCCAAAUGCUGGCCCCCUUGAUACCGUGCAGGUUUGUGUGAGGAAGGUGCGGAAUAAAGUGGUUGGGCAAAUAGGAGAUGCUUUCCUGACAUAUGACCGGGUUACUGGUGAAUUCAAGGAUGCUGGUAAGGCCACUACAGCACCCAGUGCAAAAGCGGCAAAACAGUCACGCAAAGAGGCAUAUAAGAUGCCAUUUCAACAUGCUGCUGAAGACGGUGAGAAUAGUGGUCUGUGACUGCAUAAGAAAGACAUGUUCCUGCUGAUUUGAUGUAUCUGUAUCAUUCAACGAAAGUGAGAUUUCACGAUUGUUUCUGGGGAUGGCCUGCUGGAGCUCAGGCAGUACCUCAUUGAACUGGAUUUGAAACCCCAGGAUUUCACCGAUUCCUGCUGCAAAUGAAGUUGAAAGCUAAACUUGCUCAGAUGCGCACAAGACAUUGGCGGGGUGGUGUAUAGUAGUAAGAUUAAUGUAAAUCAAUUGCCACACCAGGUGCUAAUCUAUGAACAUUUGGGUGGGUUAUAUCAGUAGCUAAACUUUAGCAGCUAAGGUAGUACGAUUAAUCAUGCAGGCUUUCCCAAAAAAUUGUAGCAGUUGGAAGGGUUUUUAUGUUCACCCUUCUCAACGCCUGACCAGGAACCAAUGCCUUUAAUGUGGCCGUAUUUUUUAAAAAAGAUGCCUUUAAUGUGACCCAA